AUGUCCACUUCAGCUAGUACUACAACAGUUGAAGAUUCCAACAUUUUCCCAGUUGAAUUGAUUAAUCAUCAUCAAGUUGGUAAGAAUGAAUCAUCAACUAGAUCUAGUGUCAAUUUCAAUUUAUUGAAAACUCAAGUCCCUAAAACUGGUGAGAAAAUUUCAUUAGAAACUCCAAUUUCUAAAAAAUUAAUUGCACAAGCAUUAUCUCAAGAGAUUUCAUCAAUUAAUCAUGAAACUUGUGAACCAGGAGCUGAAGAUUCAUUUUUCGUUUGUGAUUUAGGUAAGAUUGAAAGAUUGGUCAAGAUUUGGAAACAAAAUUUAUCAAGAGUGCAUCCAUAUUAUGCAGUUAAAUGUAAUCCAAAUCCUGAAGUUUUGAAAUUAUUGGCCAAAUUAGGUGUUAAUUUUGAUUGUGCUUCCAAAGGUGAAAUUGAAUUGGUGUUAUCCUUAGGUAUUGAUUCUUCAAGAAUCAUUUAUGCACAUCCUUGUAAAGUUGGAUCAUUCUUGAGAUUUGCAGAUAAAAACAAUGUUAAUUUAACAACUUUUGAUAAUGCUGAUGAAUUAUACAAGUUGAAGAAAUUCCAUCCAAAUUGUAAAUUAUUGUUGAGAAUCAUUACAGAUGAUGAAUCUGCUCAAUGUAGAUUGAGUACAAAGUAUGGAGCACCAAUUUCAAAUGUUGAGAAUUUAUUAAAAUUGGCUAAAGAAUUAGAUUUACAAAUUGGAGGUGUUUCAUUCCAUGUUGGAUCAGGUGCAAGUGAUAAUGAUUCAUUAAUCAAGGCUGUUUAUGAUGCAAGACAAGUUUUCAAUAUGGGUAGAUCAAUGGGGUUCAAUAUGGAUUUAUUAGAUGUUGGUGGUGGGUUUUCCUAUGAAUCUUUUGAUACAGCAUCAAGAGCAUUAAACUAUGCAUUGGAUGAAUAUUUCCCAGCUGAAUAUGGAGCUCAAGUCAUUGCAGAACCUGGUCGUUAUUUCGUUGCUAAUGCGUUUACAUUGGCUACACAUGUUAUGGCUAGAAGAGGUGGAUCAGUUUUCGAUUCUUCAAAUUCCACACCAGCCAUGAUUUAUGUCAAUGAUGGUGUUUACGGGAACAUGAAUUGUAUUCUGUUUGACCACCAGACACCAAUCGCCCAUGUCCUGAGCCACCGUGGAGAAUUCUUGUAUGGAGACCUGAAUCCCCAUGAGAAUAACAGGUUCCAAGUCUCCCUCUGGGGGCCAACCUGUGACGGGCUGGACUGUAUCUCCCAGAGCACCUAUUUGUCCCACAAUGUGACUGUGGGCGACUGGCUCUACUUCCCAGACCUCGGUGCCUACACCUCAGCAGCAGCCUCGCCCUUCAAUGGCUUCAAGGCCCAGGCAAACACCGUCUACGUCAACUCUGAAUUAUAA